AGUAGAGCACUGAGGGGAAGGACAGGGCUUAGCAGCUCAUGAGACUUUGCACACAGGGCUCCGUCAUUGAUCCACAGUCGGCACCCGAGCAGCAACACACAGCACAGAAACAUGCGUGAGAUCGUUCAUCUGCAGGCCGGACAAUGUGGGAACCAGAUUGGAGCAAAGUUCUGGGAGGUGAUCAGUGAUGAGCACGGCAUCGACACAACAGGAUCUUACCAUGGAGACCUUUCCCUGCAACUGGACAGAAUCAACGUGUACUACAAUGAGGCUUCAGGAGGAAAAUAUGUCCCAAGGGCCAUCUUGGUGGAUUUGGAGCCAGGCACCAUGGAUUCUGUCCGAUCCGGCCCCUUUGGUCAGAUCUUUAGACCUGACAACUUUAUCUUUGGUCAGAGCGGGGCAGGCAACAACUGGGCCAAGGGCCAUUACACAGAGGGAGCUGAGCUAGUGGAAUCCGUCAUGGACGUGGUUAGGAAGGAGUCGGAGGGCUGUGACUGCCUGCAAGGGUUCCAGCUUACACACUCUUUGGGCGGCGGCACCGGCUCUGGAUUGGGAACACUGCUCAUCAGCAAGAUCCGUGAGGAAUACCCGGACCGCAUCAUGAACACCUUUAGUGUGGUGCCUUCACCCAAGGUGUCGGACACCGUGGUAGAGCCAUACAACGCCACCCUGUCCGUCCACCAGCUUGUCGAGAACACAGACGAGACCUACUGCAUCGAUAACGAAGCCUUGUACGACAUCUGCUUCCGAACCCUUAAACUAACCACACCCACCUACGGAGACCUCAACCACCUGGUUUCUGCCACCAUGAGCGGCGUCACCACCUGCUUGCGUUUUCCGGGACAGCUCAACGCCGACCUCCGCAAGCUGGCCGUCAACAUGGUGCCCUUCCCCCGACUGCACUUCUUCAUCCCGGGCUUUGCCCCGCUCACCAGCAGGGGGAGCCAGCAGUACCGAGCCCUGACCGUGCCCGAGCUCACUCUACAGAUGUUCGACUCCAAAAACAUGAUGGCCGCCUGCGACCCCCGCCACGGCCGCUACCUGACCGUGGCGGCCAUUUUCCGCGGCCGCAUGUCCAUGAAGGAGGUGGACGAGCAGAUGCUGAACGUGCAGAACAAAAACAGCAGCUACUUCGUGGAGUGGAUUCCCAACAAUGUCAAAACGGCCGUUUGCGACAUCCCGCCCCGCGGCCUCAAGAUGUCCGCCACCUUCAUCGGUAACAGCACGGCCAUCCAGGAGCUGUUCAAGCGCAUCUCUGAGCAGUUCACCGCCAUGUUCCGACGCAAGGCUUUCCUUCAUUGGUACACGGGCGAGGGGAUGGACGAGAUGGAGUUUACUGAGGCAGAAAGCAACAUGAACGACUUGGUGUCGGAGUACCAGCAGUACCAGGACGCCACCAUUGAGGAAGGGGAAUUUGACGAAGAGGAAGACGAUGAAGAGUUGGCCUGAUACUACAUGGAUCAGCUUUCAUAUUGCAUAUGGUGCUUACACUCCACCUGUGCCCCAGCCUGCACUAUCACACCUGCCCUUCCCCUACGUAACUGACUUCUGACCAAUGCUCAUUUCCCGUGCCCCAGCCUGCACUAUCGCUCCUCCCCUUCCCCUACGUAACUGACUUCUGACCUUUGCCUGCUUCCCGUGCCUCAGCCUGCACUAUCGCUCCUGCCCUUCACCUUGGUAACUGACUUCUGACCUUUGCCCACUUCCCGUGCCUCAGCCUGCACUAUCACACCUGCCCUUCCCCUUGGUAACUGACUUUUGACCUUUGCCCACUUCCCAUGCCUCAGCCUACACUAUCACACCUGCCCUUCCCCUACGUAACGGACUUCUGACCUUUGCUCACUUCCAGUGCCCCAGCCUGCACUAUCCCUCCUGCCCUUCCCUUUGGUAACUGACUUCUGACCUUUGCCUGCUUCCCGUGCCCCAGCCUACACUAUCACACCUGCCCUUCCCCUACGUAACGGACUUCUGACCUUUGCUCACUUCCAGUGCCUCAGCCUGCACUAUCGUUCCUGCCCUUCCCCUACGUAACUGACUUCUGACCAAUGCUCAUUUCCCGUGCCCCAGCCUGCACUAUCGCUCCUGACCUUCCCCUUGGUAACUGACUUCUGACCUUUGCUCACUUCCCGUGCCUCAGCCUGCACUAUCGCUCCUGACCUUCCCCUGCGUAACAGACUUCUGACCUUUGCCCGCUUCCAUCAGUAAAAGUGGGUUUGCGAUCGUUCUCGCUGAGUGGCCACCUUGAUGUCAUGGCCUCAAUAAAUGAGUGGAACAAAUAUCCGUGUGUGUGUGUGUGUGUGUGUGUGUGUGUGUGUGUGUGUGUGUGUGUGUGCGUGUGUGCGUGUGUGUGUGUGUGUGUGUGUGUGUGUGUGUGUGUGUGUGUGUGUGUUCAGAACUCAUUCUGUGCUGGGGCCUGUGAUAAUAAAAUUUGUUUAUUUCGAACAUAUAA